CCCCAUUGUUCUGCCCCAGGCCAUACUGUUCCCCCGCUAAGCUCACAAGACAACCCUCCUGUCUAUUCUGGAAUCUUCCAGUCCGUCUCCCAGGGCAACAGAGGAGGGCAGGAAGUGACGUGCUGUUAGUAACGCUGACUUCCGCUCCGUCUGCCUGCCACUGCGUCUGAGGCUGCUGCGGCUGCGGAAAAGAUCCCGAGUGAGAGGGCUCCGGGCACCAGAGAGGGAAGAGCGCACAAGGCUUUACAUCACAUUACUGAGCCAUGGUGGAGUAUUACGAUGUCCUGGGAGUCCAGAGGAACGCCUCUCCAGAAGAUAUUAAGAAAGCAUACCGCAAGCUAGCCUUAAAGUGGCACCCAGACAAGAACCCCGACAAUAAAGAUGAAGCCGAGAGGAGGUUCAAAGAAGUUGCUGAAGCUUAUGAGGUCCUGUCAGAUUCUAAAAAGAGGGAUAUUUAUGAUAAAUAUGGAAAAGAAGGAUUGACAGGUGGUGGAGGCGGCAGUCACUUUGAUAAUCCAUAUGAGUUUGGAUUUACAUUCCGAAGCCCAGACGAUGUUUUCAGGGAUUUCUUUGGGGGAAGAGACCCAUUUUCAUUUGAUUUAUUUGCUGACGAUCCAUUUGAUGACUUCUUUGGCAGAAGAGGCCACAGAGCAAACAGAAGCAGGCCAGGGGGUUCCUUUCUCUCUACGUUUGGAGGUUUCCCUGCCUUUGGUCCUACCUUCUCUCCAUUUGACUCGGGUUUCAGUUCUUCAUUUGGUUCUUUUGGUGGACAUGGUGGUUUCUCUUCAUUUUCCUCUUCAUCGUUUGGCGGUUCAGGAAUGGGUAACUUCAGAUCUGUAUCAACCUCAACUAAAGUAGUUAACGGAAGAAGAGUUACAACAAAGAGAAUUGUUGAAAAUGGACAAGAGCGCAUUGAAGUAGAAGAAGACGGGCAGUUAAAGUCCUUAACAAUAAAUGGUGUUGCAGACGAAGCAGCAUUGGUGGAAGAGUGUGGGCGCCGGGGACAGAAUGCGCUACCGUUUCAGCCCUCCAGCAGCAGCAGUGCCAGAACCUCCAAACCCCACCGGCCCGCAGGCCCUCCCAGACACGGCCACAGUUACAAAAGCGACGACGAUGAGGAGGAACCAGAGAGGAUGAGGGGUACAAGCAACUGGGAGCCCCCCUUUUACUCUGCAGGACACAAAGAAGGGAGCAAGAGAAAGAAGCAGAAGCAAAGAGAAGAAUACAAGAAAAAGAAGUCUUCCAAACCAAUCUACUAACGUGGACAUGGGAGGCCUUAGAUCCUUACACCAGAGAGCACCGUAUUCUAUGGGCGUAACUUUGACACCAUUUUUGUUUUGCUUAGAUACAUUUUUUGGAACGUAGUCAACAACUAGGGACUUAAACUUGUUCUAUGUAAAUUCUCACCAGUGACCUUCCUUCUGUAGACUGAAGGCAAAUCCUGUAGAUAAAGGAAAGAGCUGCUCUUCUCUCCUUUUAGGUGAUGGCUUCAUGGGAUAUAGGGUAGAUUCCUGAGUUGAUUUGUGUUGUGCCUUGGAAGCUCAAGGGGUUUCUUUUUUUUUUUUCUUUUUUUCUUGUGAUUGCACUAGUACCCUUUCCAGUAUUUAAAACAAGCUCUUUUACUAUCACACAUCAUCAUUUUAGGCACUGGUUUAAUUUAACUGAUCUAUUAUUGUUACCAAUGCUUGUAACUUACAGGACUUCUUGUAGAAAGUUGUGUUCCUUACCCUAGCUUGUGCCCAUCACAGCACCAAAUUGGCUAGGCUCCUUAAUCUUGUUAGGGGUGCUGGUUUAAAUUAACUCAUCUGUUACUCACCCCUGUGGUUAUUAAACUUAUAGGGCUUUUUGUGGAACGUUGUAUUCCUUGCACCAGUGGGUGCCCAUUGCUGUGCCAUAGUGGCUAGCUUUCUUAAUCUUUAUAGGCCCUGAUUAAAGUCUACUCAGUUGUUACUCAUCCCUGUUCCUAUAACUUACAGGGAUUCUCAUGGAAUGCUGUAUUCCUUACACCAGUGGGUGCCCAUUGCUGUGCCAUAGUGGCUAGCUUUCUUAAUCUUUAUAGGCCCUGAUUAAAGUCUACUCAGUUGUUACUCAUCCCUGUUGCUAUAACUUACAGGGAUUCUCAUGGAAUGCUGUAUUCCUUACACCAGUGGGUGCCCAUUGCUGUGCCAUAGUGGCUAGCUUUCUUAAUCUUUAUAGGCCCUGAUUACAGUUAACUAAUCUGUUCCUCCUCCCUGUUCCUAUAACUUACAGGGAUGACAAACCCCUUUAUAACUCACAUGUAUUGAUGUAAAAUGUUUAAUGCUAUAUAUUUUUCUUCAAUUUUGCACCUAAGCAAUUGUUUCAAACCAAUGUUUUCUAAUGUAUAAAAUUGACGGCUGUGACUGAAUGGGCCUACUUUGCUCCUCUGAUUUCGUUACCUGCACUAGAGGCAACUGCUAUUAUUUCUCAGCUAGAGGUGUAGCCGGCUGUGUGUAUACCAAUUAUGUUCUUUUUUUUAAUUAUUAUUUUUAAAUGAACCAUGUUUGUACAGCUUAUCACUUCUGUGUCAGAGGCUUGCUAAAAGUGGAUCAUUGUACUGAUGUUUGCUGUUUCUGUCUAGCAUUAAAAGAAGAAUAUACCCAGGGC